GCAGAAAAAAAAAAGAGAAAAGGAAAAAAGUAUAACGCGGCGUCAAUGCUGGCGAAAAGUUCAUCGUUUCACUUUUGAGAACCAUUAAAAGCAAUAUUACCAAGGAGUGCACCAAAACAGUUUUGAUAUCCUCCUAAUCAGAACCGGAUAAAGAAACCGAUUAUUUCACUCAUCGCUGCGAUGCCGAAAUCACUGGAAAAGACACGCAAGCAAAUUGCGAAGAAGCGCAAUGGGGUUAUGAACAAUCUUCACGAAAACUCACGAAACGCCAGGAGAUUACACACUGCUCAAGUGAGAGAUGAGAGGCUAGAGAAGCUUGCUCAGGCCAAGAAGAAGAAUGACAGACCUUUGAUCGACCGAGUGGCGUUUUUCAGGGAUGCCGUCAAGGAGGGCAACCAUCCCCGACCAUUAUCUGUAGAUGUAGUCCAUGAAAUGGUCAAAAGCUUUGUCCACCAGUAUGACGAGGAGUAUGCGGAAGCAAAGAGCGCACGUCGUCCCGGAAGGCCCUCUAGCACAAAAGAAGACACCUUGAAGGCCAAGGUUGUCAAGUUGGAGAAGGAGUACCAGGCCGGUUUAUAUAUGCCCGAUCUCACCAAGGUUGAAAAUCUCGAUGCGUUGGAGAGGUGGGAGGGCUCAUGGCCCUUCUUGGCUAGUCUUGCCUGGGUGAAAUUUUUGCCAUCUGGCGAGUUGAAGCCAGCAAGCUUUCCUCCUAUGUGAGGGUUGCUUGGAUCAGUUGACUGGUUGAGCACGAAGAUUUCGAAACGAGAGACCAUAACGCACAAUGAUACCCAUGAACUAUCUUGCUUACUUUUUGCAGCAACAAAACGUUACUUUGUUCAAACCCCGUAGAUUUAGGAAGUUAAGGGUGUAAGCCUGCACUUUUGAGAUGAUGUUUGUCCACUGGUCGAUUCCUAUGAAGAUAUUAUAGGGAUUGGAGAGGUGGCAAGAUUUCUUCGCCUAAAAUGUGCUAUUCUAGUUGCAGUUGGAGUCAACGGGUUGUUAUCACAACUUACUUAUAUCUUGGGAUUUUCAGA